GUUUCCUGCCGCCCUGUCGUGUUGCGAGACAACAAAACGGUUGCGCUUCGGCCUUGUCGACCAGCUCCUCAUUUUCGCUGAUAGUGUUUGGAGUUACGCCUAGAAGCAUUCAAAAUGGCUGGAUCAGAGCUCCCACCCCACGUCGUGCCUGUCCCUCGCUGGACCCUCGCCAUCCAUGCGGUUCAGAUGCUUUUCGCCAUCAUCAUUCUCGGACUCGAUGCCUACGGCAUUCGCUGGGUCGCAUACAAUGCACUGAUCUACUCCCUCGUAACCACCAUCUGCACGCUCGGCGUCUGCGGCUACUUGAUUGCUUCCCAGCUCUUCCUCCACAACCUGUACAACAUGAUAAUUGCGCUGGCGCUGCACGUGUGGAUGGUGAUUUUCUGGAUCGUCGACCUCGGCCUUGUCGCAAAUCUCGCUCGCAUCUGGGGCAGCGCCAGUUUCUCGUACUAUAGCUACGGCUACUGCUACGGGUACUACUGCACCUAUGUAAAGCGAGACCUGGAGAAUCUGGGGAAGAGGGAGGAAACGACGACAUAUAAUGCGUACUAUGGAGCACUAGCCGCAGGUGCCGUCUUUGCGGCCGUCGAAUUCUGUCUCUGGGUCUUCUCAGCAGUCAUCCUGCUCAUCUACCUGAACAAGCACCGCGGCGAACAGUCCACCCAGCCCAACCAGCCACCGCCCCAAUACGCCCCCAACAACGCGCAACAAGCCGUCCCGAUGGAGAAGUACAACAUGAACGUAUCUACGCAGCCCCAGCAGCAGUACACCCAACCUGGUUCUCAGGGACAGGGCCAGUUCGUCCAGCCACCACAGCCAGCCUACAACCAACAGCAAUACACAGGCCCAACCGGCCCAUACGGACAAGAUCCAAUCUCGCGCCAGGACACAGUGAGCCCCGUCUCGCAGGUCGGUUACGCAGCACCCAAUCCGAAUGCGUCUGAGCUGGGUACACCGCAGCAAACGUAUAAUCCUAAUGUGUCGGAGCUGGCGAGUCCGCAGCACACGGGCGGGUAUAAUUACAAUGUGUCGGAGCUGGCGGAUCGGAAGUGAAAGGGGAGUGGUAUAAUUAUGACUUACUGAGUCUGCUUCCUUUUCAUGCGGAGUUUGGACCGCAGCAUUGAUGAGUGGCCGUUGGAGGUGGAAGAGUAAUGGAGAUGUCGAGGAUGGUCUCGGAUACCCCCAAUGAACAAUUUCCACUUCCGUCAAGUCGUUUUGAUGAGAGGAUAUUAUUAGGCUGUACGAAACGUGCGACCGCUCGUGGUGUGAUACCAUUAAUGGAAACAUAUAUUAGGAGCUGCAGGAAGGAAUCUAGGUUCCAUAUGAGAAAGCCAAUCUGGAUACUAUCCGA